AUGAAGUUGUUUGUGGCUCUUCUUACCAUCCUUGGGAAUAUUCUUCUUGUCCUUUCUCCAGCUUAUGCUGCCACUGCUAGUAAGGAUGAGUACGAAGGCAUGAAUGUGCUUUGUGUCGGUUGCAGCAGCGGGAUUGGAAAGUCUGCCGCUGAACAUUUACUAGCGGGUGGCGCCCAGGUGGUGAUAUCCAGCCGUACGCAAAGCAAGUGCGAUGAGGUUGCCAAAGCUUAUAAAAAGGCGUUUGCCAUUGUCGCCGAUGCCAGCAAUGCCGAGAGUCUUGAAAAACUGGUCGAGCAAUCUCGCAAGGCAUUCAAAGGCAAUAAUAAAAAGAUUACCCAUUUGGUGUGGGUUCCCACGUCUUCCAGUUUUGGAAAUUUGGCCAAUCCGGCAGAAGAUCUGAUCAAAGCUAUGCAAGAUCAAUUGGAUCUCAAUGUAUACAAUUUGAUUCGCACUUUCAAACUGAUUGAAGACGACCUAAACCAGUCUCAAGGUGCCGUAGUCAGUGUCAGUUCUUACAUGGGCUCUACGUCCACCAUUGGCUCCCUCAGCUAUGGAUUUGCCAAAACGGCACAGGACCGAAUUAUCAAGGACUUGGCCAUUUGGGGAGCCAGCAAUGGGGUACGAGUCAAUGCCGUGGCACCGGCUUGCAUUGAAACACCCAUGUUUGAAGUAGUCGGAGACUAUAAGGAUACCCUUUUACAGGACUUUACCUGGCGACAUGCCCUGGGACGCAAUGGACAACCCGACGAAGUGGGAAGUGUCAUUGCCUUUCUUCUAUCCAAAAAAGCAGGCUUCAUUACAGGACAAACUAUAACCAUUGAUGGUGGAGCUUCUCUAUUGAACACUUUCACCGAUGUCAACAACUUUUUGCUGCCACCCGACUUGGUACACGACAAGACAUAUUUCAGCAAACACACUCCACCACCUUCUUCGGAGGAUGCCACGCAACAAGAACAGGAACUAUAG